AUGGCCGCCUCGGUGGGUCCAGGGACGCGCACGAAGACCAAGAAGAAGCACUUCGUCCCGCAGCGCGUGAAGGUGCUGCGCUCGGCCGACCCUCUUCUGGGCGUGCUGGCUUGGGGGAUCAACCAUCAGAUCAAUGAACUCAAUCAAGUUCCCCAGCCAGUGAUGCUGCUCCCUGAUGACUUCAAAGCCAGUUCUAAAGUAAAGGUGAAUAAUCAUCUCUUCAACAGGGAAAACUUGCCUGGUCACUUCAAAUUUAAGGAGUACUGUCCACAGGUUUUCCGCAACCUUCGUGAACGCUUCAACAUUGAUGAUCAGGAUUAUCAGGUCUCACUGACACGUAGCCCACCAACCUAUGAAACUGAGGGUGGGGGUCGCUUUCUCCUAUCAUAUGACCGGACAGUGGUUAUAAAAGAGAUAACCAGUGAAGAUGUAGCUGAUGUGCAUAGCCUUCUAUCACAUUAUCACCAGUACAUUGUGAAAUGCCAUGGGAGCACCCUCUUGCCCCAGUUCUUGAGUAUGUACCGGCUCAGUGUUGACAAUGAGGAAAGCUACAUGCUGGUCAUGAGGAACAUGUUCAGCCACAGACUCACUGUACACCGAAAGUAUGAUCUGAAGGGUUCACUGAUAUCCCGUGAAGCCAGUGACAAAGAGAAGGGCAAGGAACUACCAACUCUGAAGGACAUUGAUUUCCUAAACAUGAACCAGAAAGUGUACAUCAGUGAAGAGGCCAAAAAAGACUUCAUGGAGAAGUUGAAGCGAGAUGUAGAGUUCCUAGUGCAGCUAAAGAUUAUGGACUACAGCCUUCUGUUGGGUAUCCAUGAUGUACAGCGAGCUGAACAAGAAGAAGAGGAAGACAUAAAAGAGGAAGAGGAAGAUGGAGAGGGUGAACCGGGGGGAAUGAUAUCUGUGGGCUCCUAUGGAACGUAUCCUGAGGGCAUUGGCAGUUAUCUGAAUUCCCACAAACCUCUGGAACCUGGUGACUUUGACCCUUAUAUUGAUGUCUAUGCCACUAAGAGUGCUGAAAAUAGCCCCCAAAAAGAGAUUUACUUCAUGGGCCUCAUAGACAUCCUCACACAGUACGAUGCCAAGAAGAAGGCUGCCCACGCAGCUAAGACAGUCAAGCAUGGGGCUGGUGCAGAGAUCUCUACAGUGCAUCCAGAACAAUACGCCAAGCGCUUUCUGGACUUUGUCACCAAUAUAUUUGCUUAACAGUUUUUCACUAGGUCUUGUUGGCCCAAGUCAAAACCUUUUCAGCAGCUGUGUUGUUGUCACUCACCCUGCUCCCCGAUUCUCCAUAAGUAGGAUAGUUUUCAUCCUGCUAUUCUGGGAUCAGCAGGAGAAUUGGGCUGACUUCAGAUGAGUCCCACUCUCGCAACUGAGCGACGGCUGCUGAACCAAGUGCCUUAACUCUGAUCUUCUGCUGAGGUGAGAAAUGAUCCAGAGUACCAAAGAAACUGGGUAUGAAUGCUUUGGGAAGCUGCUUCUCCUUCCGUGCAGGAGAAAGAGGAGUGGCUGGUUUUUAUCUAAACACUGACUUCUUCCUUUCCGUUAAAUAGUAUCAGUGUUACAUCAUUUAGAGCAGGACAAUGUUGAAAUAGAAUAAUAUGCAAUACGUAGUCGUGCCUUGGAAGAAGGAGGUUGAAGGGAAUCUUCCCCAUUUACACAAUCAAAUAUUGUAUCCUAUGAUAUCCCAUUGUACUGCCUGUUUCAAAGCCAUGUGCCAGUUGUAUACCUUUUCUACCAUCCCUCUAUACACAACCUUUAAUGGAAGACUGCACUGUGCCCCAUUCUUGUGAAUAGUUUUGCUCUGAUCUAGCCCUAUUGUCAAUAAUGGAAAUCUCUCCUGCUAAAGAAAAGGGCCCAGCACUGAAUCCAGUACCCCUUAAGCUCUUUUCCAGGUACAAUUGCAGGUUCUUGAGAUUUUGUGCCCCGUAUGUUGCUGUUAAUGAGAAAAAUUCUUUUAGGCUCA